UAGUAGCAACGCCUUUUUUGCUUCGUGAAACCACUCGAAAUAUUAGUAGUUGAUUGUGGGCGGCUGUUAAAUGGUGUAAAAUUAUGAGGGAUUUUUUUGAGUGAUACAAUUGCAAGUGCUUUUGAAUAUUGUAUAUACAAGGAUGAAUAGUGGAAAAGCGAGAGUACCAAAAUGCGCUAGAUGCCGCAAUCAUGGCUUGAUCUCCAGCCUCCGUGGUCAUAAAAAAGCUUGUGCUUAUCGCAACUGCCAGUGCCCCAAGUGUGGUUUAAUCAAAGAACGACAGAGGAUUAUGGCGGCUCAGGUGGCGUUAAAAAGGCAGCAAGCGGCAGAGGAUAAAAUCGCUCUACAUUUAGCGUCAGUGGAGAGCGGGACGUCUUUAGAGGCUUUGCCACCGGGAAGAAUCUAUGGUAUGAGGGUUACAGGACCUUGUCAGAGUCCUGGGCCUGAGCCAGAUUCCGCUGCUGAUGACCAUACUCCGAUCCACAUAGACAGUGAGACCAGUGAUUCUCUUCCUGACUGUUGUUCUCCUGAUUCAUCAGAUCGUACUCUGGGGCUUCGACCUUGCGGAACUACAAACGAAAAUUCUGAAAGUGAAAACCCGGUCAGCACAGCAAGUUUGGAAAUGUUAAAGAAAUUAUUUCCUGGAAAAAAGCGUUCAGUGCUCGAAUUGGUUCUUCGAAGAUGCAACCACGACUUACUGCGUGCUGUUGAACAUUGCAAUGCUAUUCAGGGCUCAAAAGAAAAGUUGCCAACCCUAGCACCACCUUUGAGCUAUGAAUUGCCCAACGCAGAAGAACCUUCGAGAUGGUCAGCCUUCAGACCUGUAGGGCCUCGUACCCCCUCGCUUAUGUCGGCUUUGGUUAUGGGCCGGGUCUGUGGGUCUGAUUGGUUGGUGCCUCUUCCUGCCUUACCAGCUCUGUCUGCUCCUCUACUAUUACCGUUCCAACACCCACAUGCCCCACCGCCUUGCAACCCCUGUGCGCCUGAUUGUCGACAGUGUAACAGCCAUCAUUAGAGAUAUUACGUAUUAAUUGUAUCCUAACACUUUUAUUAUAUAUGUAAUUAAAAUAUCGUUUACAGUUUGUGCCCAUCCAUAGGCUACGUGCUUCUUCCGCUUUUCAAAGUUAAUAGUUAAUUCCAAAUUUUGUAUAAACUGAUUAAAUUAUAAGAAGGGAUAUAAAUAUAUAUAGAUAGAAAUCACGUGCCAGAUGUAUGAUUAUAGAAUCAUACUUCAUACAUAUCUUCCUGACUCAUUCCAUGUUCUUAUGACGCGCCAAUUUUAAGACCAAAUUACAUGUACAAAGUGUAGUGAGUAUACAGUAUACAGAAGCACCCAGAAAUUAUAUACUUGCUGGAUAUAAAUAAGGUGGCCAACUAUUUGAUGUUCAAAAAGAAAAGAAAAGAGAAAUGUUUUUUUGUUAAAUAAGGAUGUUCGUCUUAUAAUAAAGCAUUCAUUUUGCAUAUUUAUUCACAAAGGAUGUUUAUGUCUAGUUCGACAUUUUCGAAAACUCUUCACACAUGUAUAUAUAUGAUUUAAAAUAUUGUUUCAUGUGAAAUUAUGUAUCAAUAUCAUGUAGACCUAUCUUGCUAGUGCGUUUAGUCUCUUAUACA